ACUGCACAUCACAUCACAUCCUGAAAUCAAAUAUCGAGGUAAAACAUUUCAUCAUUCAAACCCGUGUAAAGCGGUCAACGUCCGCAGUUUAAGACAAGGAUCAGAAUGAAUCUGGUCUUUAUCCUGUGGUGAAUAAUGCACGGACGUGUGAAAGUCAAGUCGACAGCACAGCAGGAGGAAGAAAAGAAGAAAGAAAGAGAGAAAAAGUUAAAAGUGUUUGUAUCUGCUCGAGAUGCUGUGUUUAAAAAGAGGAGUGCUGGAGAAAACGAUGAGGAAGCUAUGCUGUUGACACAGCAGCUUCUGUCCUCCAACCCAGACUUCGCCACCCUGUGGAACUAUAGGAGAGAAAUUCUGAUGCACCUGGAGACGUUACGAGAAAAGGAUGAUGUGCAGAAGCUCUUUGAGACUGAGCUGAACUUCAUCGAGGCCUGUCUGAAAGUGAACCCCAAAUCUUACGGCAGCUGGCACCACCGCACCUGGAUCACGGCACGCAUGCCAAGGCCCGACUGGACACGAGAACUCGGCCUCUGCGAUCGCUGCCUCAGCCUGGAUGAACGCAACUUUCAUUGCUGGGAUUACAGGCGGAUGGUGGUAAAAGCGUCUGGCGUUUCUGUCGAGCAGGAGCUGCAGUUUACAGAUCGUCUGAUCGGCUCCAAUUUUUCCAACUACUCCAGCUGGCAUUACCGAAGCACUCUGUUACCACAGCUCCACCCACAGUCUGCAUCUGACUCUGCCCCUAAUGCAAGCUCCUCCCCCACAGCCUCGCCUCAAACUCACUCACACAGAGUCUGCGAGGAACAGCUACUGACAGAGUAUGAGCUGGUGCAUAACGCCUUCUUCACUGACCCCAAUGACCAGAGCUCCUGGUUUUACUAUCGCUGGCUGCUGGGCAGAGCGGAGCGAGAGGAGAUGAUCAGUUGUGUGUACGUCAGUAGGGAGGGCGAGACGGUUGCUGUUGCGUUCUCCAAACCCGACCACGCUCUGUCUGUCGGUCUGAUGUUGGUGUUAGAUGGUCAGCCUCUUCAGGUGGACUGGAGAAGUGCUCAUCCACGUUUUCGUCAAAGCCCUGUCUGGCUGUGUGACCUUCCAGCCGGCUGUAUCAGCAACAUCAAUAAUGAACACAACCUCACCAUCCACUGGACAAAGAAACAGACACGCAGAGACUGUGGUCUCUUCACAGGUUCUGUUGAAUGCUGGUGUAGAGAUUCUGCCACAGACCAGGAACUCUUCAGGAGUGAGUUAUCUGUAGAGAAGACCUCAGUGCUUCAGGCUGAACUUCAGUCCUGCAAUCAACUUCUGGAACUCGAACCACAAAACAAAUGGUGUCUGCUGACGAUCAUACUCUUAAUGAGAGCUCUGGAUCCACUGGGUCACGAGAAGGAGACUUUGGCUCAUUUUCAAACCCUUAAAGAGGUGGACCCUAUGCGGUCUUCCUACUACAGUGACCUGUGCAGUAAGUUUCUGAUUGAAAACACCAUUCUGAAAAUGGAGUAUGCAGAGGUUCGAGUGUUCAGUCUGUCAAAUAAGAACCUGACGACCCUGUGCCACCUUGAUCAGCUUCUCUUGGUGACGCACAUCAAUCUCUCCUCCAAUCAGCUUGUGAGGCUGCCGCCUCAGUUUGCCAUGCUGCGAUGUCUAGAGGUUCUGGAAGCAGAUGAUAAUGCUAUUGAAAAUCUUGAGGGCGUGUACAAUCUGCCUAAACUGGAGGAAAUCUCUCUGAAGAAUAAUCAUAUCUGUAAACUAUCUGAUCUAGAAGUCUUGGCGUCCUGCCCCAAAUUGACCAGACUGGAUCUGCAUGGAAACCCUGUUAGCGAAAUCGCAGAUUUACAAUCCCAGUUAGCCAAGUUGUUGACAAUGGUUACUUCCCUGUCUCUUUGAUCAACACCUUUAAGUGUUUAUGUGUGUUAGUUUUGUUAAAGUCAUAGUUCACCCAAAAAUCUUCUGUUCUCAUUUUCUCACCCUCUUUUCAUUAAACACAUAUCUGACUUUCUUUCUUCCUCAGAAUACAAAAUUAGAUAUUUAGAAGAAAGUUGGUAACUGAACAGCACUGGCACCCAUUCACUACUAUUGUAUGGACACGAAACCCAAUGCAAUUGAAUGGGUGCCAUUCUUCAAAAUAUCUUCUUUUGUGUUCUGCAGAAUAAAUAAUACAGGUUUGAAAUGACAGGAGGAUGAGUAAAUAAUGACAGAAUUUUUAGUGAACAAUCACUUUGUUUGCUGCUGUUUUUUAAUGUUCCAUUGGGCCUAUCAGACUAAAAUUAAAGUUUGCUCAAGAAUGACAAUUCUGUCAUUAUUUACUCACUCACCUCCAUGCCAUUUCAAACCUUAGAAUGUGGUCUUCUUUUUUACUUGAAACAAAAAGAACAAACUGUGAGCAAAAUAGCAAUGGCAAAAACAAAUCAAAAUGCUUUUUUGACUUUAAUGGAAAACAGUGUUAAUGAGUAAACGAUGACAACCAUAAUUUCUUAUCUUUGAGUGUGCUUUGCCUUUCAAAAUUACUGCUGAGUGUCUGUCUGUCUGUGUGAUAAAUAAUGGUUCACAUUUUACAUACAUUUAUUGUAAACACCAAACUGCAUGCUGAUAGAGAUGCUUUAAGCCUUAAAGUGUAAUUAUAAAGGUCACAUGUUUGAGCAGAAAAGACAAACUCAACAUGAUUUCAUUAAAACAAUGUUUUGUGUCUCCACUACAAUAAAAUAUAUUUCUGCCUUC